GUCAAGCUCGCAUGAAUGGAAUGAUACUAGCUGUUAAAGCCUUGACUUAGGAAUGAAAAGUGGAUGCAAAGAUUUCCGAGUUAACAAUUUUAGUCGGUAUCUGUGGAGUUAACGUGGGGACAGUUCCCCUUUGUUCAACUUUAAAGUGCUGUCUGUUUGUUUGUGUGUAGAGCUGGAGCUAAGUGGCCGCUAGCCUAAAACUACCAGUCAGGCUUGGUAACACUUAACGUAAACGUUAUCGUUAGCCUGCUAGCUAGUCAUCCCUCCAACAACAUAGACCAAAGACAGAGCAAAGAUGGUUGAAUCUAUAUUUGACCUCCCGGUGGAAAAGCAGAUAUUUUAUGCCGUUUUGGGAUUUUCGUGGACAGUGUAUCUAUGGGAGGCAUACCUUUCUUACAGACAGAGGAGGAUAUACAGGUCAACAACACAUGUGCCACAGGAACUAGGGAAGAUCAUGGAUUCUGAAACAUUUGAGAAGUCACGUCUUUAUCAGCUGGAUAAAAGCAACUUCAGCUUUUGGUCAGGACUCUAUUCUGAGACUGAAGGGACGCUGAUCCUGCUCCUUGGCGGAAUCCCAUUUAUGUGGGCAGUCGCUGGCUCUGUGACAGCUCGCUUUGGAUUUGGCUCCGAGUACGAGAUCACCCAGUCACUCGUGUUUCUGACGCUUGCCACCCUGUUCAGUGCGUUGACUGGACUUCCUUGGAGUUUGUACAACACAUUUGUCAUUGAGGAAAAGCACGGCUUUAAUCAGCAGACGAUAGGUUUCUUCCUUAAGGAUGCUGUAAAGAAGUUUGUUGUGACCCAGUGUAUCCUGCUGCCCGUCACAUCACUGCUCCUGUACAUCAUCAAGAUCGGUGGGGACUAUUUUUUCAUCUAUGCCUGGCUCUUCACCCUCGCUGUUUCUCUGGUUCUGGUAACAAUCUAUGCUGACUACAUUGCUCCCCUGUUUGACAAGUUCACUCCUUUGCCAGAAGGAGAGCUGAAGACAGAUAUUGAAACGAUGGCCAGGAGCAUAAGCUUCCCUCUCACUAAGGUUUAUGUCGUUGAAGGUUCCAAGCGUUCAUCUCACAGCAACGCAUACUUCUAUGGGUUCUUCAAGAACAAACGCAUAGUGCUGUUUGACACUCUGCUGGAAGACUAUUCGCCUCUCAACAAGUCUGGAGAGCCACAGCCCGAGCAGCCAGAGAGCGAUGACACAGCCAGCGAGUCCAAAGCGAAGCCCAAGAACAAGAAACAAGGAUGCAACAACCCAGAGAUCCUUGCAGUCCUGGGUCAUGAGCUCGGCCACUGGAAGCUCGGCCAUACUGUCAAGAACAUCGUCAUCAGUCAGAUGAAUUCCUUCCUCUGCUUCUCCUUGUUUGCUGUUCUUAUUGGACGAAAGGAGCUGUUUGUGGCUUUUGGCUUCAAUGACAACCAACCGACAUUAAUAGGCUUGAUGAUUAUCUUCCAGUUCAUCUUCUCUCCGUACAAUGAGCUCCUGUCAUUCUGUCUGACAGUUCUGAGUCGCAGGUUUGAGUUCCAGGCAGAUGCCUUUGCACGCAGCAUGGGCAAAGCCUCUGAGCUUUACUCUGCCCUCAUCAAGCUCAACAAGGACAACCUGGGCUUCCCUGUGGCUGACUGGUUGUUCUCCAUGUGGCACUAUUCCCACCCUCCCCUCCUGGAGCGCCUCAGAGCACUGGGCAACGUCAAGCAAGACUGACGGGGCUGGAAGGGGGAGCCGCGAAUGCUGCCUCCUCCUAAGUGCCUCCGCAGACUGCUCCAGGCCCUGUGAUGCACCCUGUUCAUUUUCUACCUGUUCUACCCCCCCCCCCCCCCAUCUUGUUUUAUCUUGUUUUAGUCAUUUCUCUACUUGCCAUACUUUCUAUUUUGUUCCCUUUUGAAACUUUGUUUUAAACAAAACCAAAACAUAUCAGCACAAGCCAGCCUAAAACAAGCCUGAACUGAAGUCUCCCCUCUUUCUACAGUGACACCUAAUACGCACCUGCUGAGAGCAACGCUUCUGGGCAAUGUGUGUUGAGCAAAAGCUGUUGUCAGAGCGCAGGUCACAUUGUGCAGAUUGACCUGAAGGUUUAGUUUUUGAAAUUAUUUUAUUUGUGUACAAUUUGAUCAUAACUUUGUUCUAAAAAGGAAAAGUAACAAAGACAGUGCCAUUUCAAAACCUGACAUUUUACUAGCAGAAGUAUACUGAAUUGUAUUUAAAAGAGUAAAAAAAGACGUGAUAUGUGGACAGAUAGACAUCUCCAUUCGUACUCAUGACAAUGUUUUUUGCAGAUACACAGGCCAGGAUUUGAUUUGUCUCUCAAGUGCAACUGUUGCUUCUUUAGAAAUCUCUACAGGCCAGCUCAAGAAGAAAUAUGUCAUAUAGUCAACAACUCAAAUUGUCAGUUUUGCAGGAGGAACUAUGUAAAUGCUUUGUCACAGUGAAAAAAUGUGAGGGUGACAUCUCUGUUUUUGUUCAGACAAUGAACGCAUGAUGAACAGAGCAGUGCAGAAAAUUUUCCUUUCAAUUUAGGUUAAGCUGAUUUUCAUUUUUUACAUGCAUUGGGGGGGUUCUUAUUUGACUUUUUCUAAAGCACUUGCUUGCCGACAAGGUUCCAACCAUACCUGUAUAUAUGUAACUUUGAUGAGUAGAGUAAUGGUGUGUGAUGUGAAUAGUGAAAAAUGUUGAAUGUGGUUUAAAAUUUUAAGUUGAUACUGUGUUUCUUAGUUUCUUCUCUUGGUUUUGGGCUGGAGUGAGCCCAGAGUUGCCUGGCAAGCAAGGUAUUCAUAGGGGACUUUGGGAAAGGACUCUGCGAGGUUCCUUUCACCACAUAAGCCAGUUCUUGGUUUGUUCACUGAGGGGACUGUAUACUUUCUUUGCAGAACUGAAUAAAAUCCUUC